CUUCUACAUCUGAAUUGCUCCCUACUAUAAAUACAUAUUGCUGCAUAUACCCCCGAUCUCUCUUCUCUCUCUCUGUGUCAUUUCUACAAACACACGCAACAAAAGGCUCGAUCCCUGCGCACAGAGAGAGCCCCGGGAGCUAAAGAAUAGAAGCGAAGGAGAAGAGCUCGAAGAAAGAGUGCGAGAAUGUCGCUGCGUCCCAAUACGCGAACAGAGGUCAGGAAGAAGGCCUACAAGACUGGUGUGGACGCGGAGGAGGCGCGUAGGAGGAGAGAGGACAAUCUCGUCGAGAUCAGGAAGAAUAAGCGCGAGGACAAUUUACUUAAGAAGCGCAGAGAAGGACUCUUGCUCCAGUCUCAGCAGCAGCCUAUCGAUGCCUCCCAAAAUGCUGCCGCUGUUGAUAAGAAGUUGGAAAGUAUUCCUCUGAUGGUGCAAGGAGUGUGGUCUGAUGAUCCUCCACUACAGUUAGAAGCUACUACUCAAUUUAGAAAGCUAUUAUCCAUUGAGCGCAGCCCUCCAAUUGAUGAAGUAAUUAAGGCUGGUGUUGUUCCAAGGUUUGUGGAGUUUCUUGGGAGGCAUGAUCUUCCCCAGCUACAAUUUGAAGCUGCUUGGGCAUUGACUAAUGUUGCUUCUGGAACAUCUGAGCACACAAGAGUUGUGAUUGAUCAUGGUGCUGUUCCUAUGUUUGUGCAGCUUCUUAGCUCUGCUAGUGAUGAUGUUAGAGAGCAGGCGGUAUGGGCUUUAGGAAAUGUUGCUGGUGAUUCCCCCAGUUGUAGGGAUCUUGUUCUUGGUCAUGGUGCUCUCAUGCCAUUAUUAGCUCAGUUGAACGAACGCUCAAAACUAUCGAUGCUGAGGAAUGCUACAUGGACCCUUUCAAACUUUUGUCGUGGCAAGCCACCGACACCAUUUGAGCAGGUGAAGCCUGCAUUGCCUAUUCUCCAGCAACUUAUUCACUUGAAUGAUGAAGAAGUUCUAACGGAUGCUUGCUGGGCUCUUUCUUAUCUUUCUGAUGGUCCGAAUGACAAAAUUCAAGCUGUAAUUGAAGCAGGUGUCUGUCCACGACUUGUUGAGCUUCUAGGUCAUCCUUCCCCAACGGUUCUUAUUCCUGCCCUCCGAACUGUUGGAAACAUUGUUACUGGUGAUGAUGCUCAGACUCAGUUUGUAAUUGAAAAUGGAGUGCUCCCAUAUCUCCAUCAACUGCUCACACAAAAUUACAAGAAAAGCAUCAAGAAAGAAGCUUGUUGGACAAUCUCAAAUAUCACUGCGGGGAAUAGAACCCAGAUACAGGCUGUUAUUGAGGCCAACAUCAUCCUUCCUCUUGUACACCUUCUCCAACAUGCAGAGUUUGACAUCAAGAAGGAAGCUGCAUGGGCUGUCUCAAAUGCCACCUCUGGAGGAACUCAUGAGCAGAUUCAAUUCCUGACUAGCCAAGGUUGCAUCAAACCGUUGUGCGAUCUUCUAGUCUGUCCUGACCCAAGGAUUGUGACAGUGUGCCUUGAGGGCUUGGAGAACAUUUUGAAGGUUGGUGAGGCUGACAAAGAGAUGGGAAUGAAUGGUGGAGUUAAUCUCUAUGCACAAAUGAUUGAGGAAUGCGAUGGUUUGGAUAAGAUUGAGAAUUUGCAAACCCAUGAUAAUAAUGAGAUUUAUGAGAAGGCUGUGAAGAUUUUGGAAAGAUUCUGGGCUGAAGAAGAGGAGGUAGACCAGAAUCUUCCAGAUGGUGCCAGCGAAAACCAGCAGGUAUUCAACUUUGGAAACAACCAGCCCAAUGCCCCCCCUGGUGGCUUCAGAUUUGGCUAAAAGCAUGAGCUGAUAGAUGUGUGAGUUUGGUUUUUUAUAUAUUUUUAGGUGUCAUUGCUUCCCCACAUGAAAAAGUAUACAUUUUAUCUUUUGCCAAAGGGUCAGGGUUUUUGGUCUGGCACAAGGCUUCUCUUUGUCAGUUGGAUUUUUCCUCCUAGAAUCUUAAAUUGCUUUAAGACUUAAUGAUUUGGAUCUCCGUUGUUUUGGUCUGUAUUUCACAGAAGAAACUUGAGUUUGUGAUUGCCAAAAGUUAGUGUUUGAACUUACAA